AUGCACAACUUUGUCACAGCUGGGCCCGAUUCCUUGGUCGCCGCCGCCCGCGUCAAUUCCCUUGGAAUUGGCGGCGGCUCGGACGUAGAAGAGAACAAUGCCCCCGAGGUGGCCGAGGAGGUCGAGGUUUCCGCCGAUGCCGGCUCCAAGGGCCAGAUGUCCGUUCUUGAUGCCCUCAAGGGUGUUCUGAAGCUCGCCCUCAUGCACGACGGUCUUGCCCGCGGUCUGCGCGAAGCCUCCAAGGCUCUCGACCGCCGCCAGGCCCACAUGUGUGUCCUCAACGAGGCUUGCGAAGAGGAGGCCUACAAGAAGCUCGUCAUCGCUCUCUGCUCCGAGCACAAGAUCCCCCUGAUCAAGGUGCCCGACGGCAAGCAGCUCGGCGAGUGGGCCGGUCUCUGCGUCCUCGACCGUGAGGGUAACGCCCGCAAGGUCGUCAACUGCUCUUGCGUCGUCGUCAAGGACUGGGGUGAAGAGUCCCAGGAGCGUUCCAUCCUCCUCAACUACUUCCAGACCGAGCAGUAA